UUCUUCUACUGCAUGCUGAUUGGCCCGUUAGGGAUUUACGGCAGGCCAGGACUCCCUUGACCCGAUCCGCUUAAAACGACUUGAAACUGGACGUUGAAAUCGUAGUUACAACACCAGAGAAACACCCAUAAAUAUGGCUUCCCGUUUGUGUGGACUCUCUGGGACCUCCUAUUUCAGACUGGAGUUUCUUUCCUGGUCAUGCAGAGCUGUGAUUCUACAGAAGUUCACUGAAUUCACAAAAGUUAAAGAUUAUUUGGAGACAUCAACUCAUAAAUAGAAGGGGCUGUCUCAAAAACAGGUGAGACACAGUAGAUGUGAUGUGGUUAGAAAGUGACAGAUGCCUCCUCCCUCAGCAGCAGGAAUGCAUCAGCAGGCCGACACAUGUCCUGCUUUAGUCUCGUCAGUGGAUCACAAACCUCCGAGAGUCUGACAGAACAACAGCACUGCUGAGAGGACAUGAGAGGAUACCGAGGCGUUAAGUACACCUUGUUCAUCUUCUGCUACUUCUUUUGGGUUGUGAGUGCCAUACUUAUAGCAGUGGGGAUCUAUGCUAAGAUCGCCAGAGAGAAAGAUGUGGUUGACACCCUGACGGUUGAUCCCGCUCUUCUGUUGAUCGUCGUCGGCUCUGUGAUGUUCCUCAUCACGUUCCUCGGAUGUUUCGGGGCGCUGCGUAACACCAUCUGCCUACUGAAGAUGUUUUUGGGACUCCUGGUGGCCAUUUUACUCUUGCAGAUCGCAGCGGCAUUCGUGGGAUACUUUUUCACUGAUACGGUGAUGGAGAGAACCGAGAGGCUGAUGAUGAAGGCAAUUGAACGAUACAGGGAGGACCAAGACCUGGAGAACGCCAUUGACUUCAUCCAGAAGAAGUUCCAGUGCUGUGGAGUUGAAAGCUAUAAAAACUGGUCCCGUAACGCCUACUUUAAGUGUUCGGACACCAACCCGAGUCUGGAGGCCUGUGGAGUUCCCUUCUCCUGCUGCAUUCGCUUGCAGAACCAGACUGUACUGAACACCAUGUGUGGUUAUGGGAUGCAGCAGCUGGAGGAGAAACUGGCCCGUCAGGACAUAUUCACCAUCGGCUGCCUGGAUAAAAUUGUCUGGUGGGCCAAACACAAUCUGCUUCUGGUGGCUGGUCUGACCGCCGGCCUGCUGCUGCUCGAGGUCUGCAUGAUAGCUUUGGCUGCUGGUCAGAUCUGCUGGAUAAAAAAAGUCCUACAGCAUCAGGAAAGAAAAGCAGCUCAAAGCAAAUCGGAGAGGAAGGAGAGCCUCUGGUUUCCUCCUUUUGCAGACUUUGAUGAUUAAUAAAACCAUUUGUUGAGAAAGUGGGGGAUGCUGCGUUUACACUGUGAAUUUAUAGAUUUGAGCUGUGAAUCUGAGGUUUGUACAGUGGGUGAACGCAUCGAUGUUGGGCUCCAGGAGGCAGUUGAAAUACUACCUCGUGUAACGCCCUAUUUAAAUUUUAGACUCUGAAACUCAGUUUUGUCAUUUUUAUGUAGCGCUCAGCGUUUCUGUUGCUGCCUUUCUACUAAACAGAAUUUAAAAUUCACCAAAAAGAUCGGAAUUAGUCAAAACAUUACAUGAACAGAUAUAUUUUUUGUAAUGUGAAAAUGUUUCAUUAGCAUAUCAUGUGCAAGGUGUUCUUUGGUCAGUGAAAUCAGUCAGUCAGCCUCGAAGCUGUCCAGUGUGAAGGCUUGUAAAGGACGCCUGAAAGUAAGCAUAGUUUUCUAACAUGCUAAUUAAAAAGUGAGUUAAUGCUGUGAAAGCCUAAUGUAUUUCUAAAGCUAUCCAAGUACAUUUGUCACUGAGCCCCACUCUCCUGGCUGACUAAUCUCCCCGACCUCCUGAUGCCUGAUGAUGAUGUUUAUCAGCCAGGAGACUGAAGUUUGCGUCCUGUUUGCGGGACCUUUUCCAGCCUUUCAUCCCACUUGCUGUUUUGUUUUCACCUGCCUGCUCCAAAAGCUACUUGGUUUGGGCUUGUGACUCUGGAUAAAAUGUGACCCUUUACACUGAGGAAUGACAAAUGUCAAAGGACACCUUGUGCAUAACUGAAACACACCUGCUGCUUUAAUAAAUAUUCAUUAUGCUACAGCCCAGGAAUGAGAAUGACCUGUAUUUGACAUGGGAAAAGAAUGUGUUGGGUGUUUGGGAUCUAGACUAUAAACAAGAAAUUAAUGAAAAUUGAAAGAAUAUUUUGUGCUUACAAAACCAACUAAAGUCUUUAUUUUGAUCUGUGUUUUUUAUUUGCCAAUACAACCGGCCUGGGCAAGUUUUGGUGCAGAUGUGUAAAGAGACUGUAGAGAAUGUCUCUGUGAUUGUGUUUGUACUGUUUUAUUAUGAAACUAUUCUGAACCUUUUAUAUCCUAUAAUGUGAUAAAUAAAUACAUAAUGUGAUAGAAAUAGAUAAAAAUAAGAGUGAAAUUAACAAAAACUAUAAAAACUGUUUGUCUGUACGUCUGCUAUUAGCUGUUCAAACAGACCAACCUCUCCCGUCAGGUUGCCAAUCUAUUGCUGGACUAACACAGAGAGACAAACAUUCACAUCUAUGGUCAGUUUAGGACAACCAGGUAACCUAACCCCAUGCAUGUAUCUGGAACUCAUGCAGACAAACUCCAAACACAAACCAAUGGAUUUAUACACCGGGCCUUUUUGCUGAGAGGCGAUAGUGCAGCUUUCGACCCCACUGCCUUACCAAAGUU